AUGAUUUCAUCAAUAGCUUCGAUUUCUUCUUCUUCUUCUUCUUCAGCUACGGUGAGGGUUGAGAAGGCAACCAGCGAGUUCUUGAUCGGACCCGACUGGACCAUGAAUAUAGAUAUCUGUGAUACCAUCAAUUCCAACCAGAUGCUUGCAAAAGAUGUUGUCAAAGCUGUGAAGAAACGAUUGCAGCACAAGAAUCCAAAAGUUCAAUUACUCGCUUUAACGCUUCUGGAGACGAUGGUCAAGAACUGUGGUGAUUAUAUGCAUUUUCAAAUAGCUGAAAGAAGUAUUCUGCAAGAAAUGGUCAAAAUUGUAAAGAAAAAGGCAAAUAUGCACGUGAGAGAUAAAAUCCUUGUACUCAUUGACACUUGGAGAGAGGCAUUUGGUGGAUCUGGUGGAAGAUAUCCUCAAUAUUACAUUGCUUAUGAGGAUCUGAGGCGGUCGGGUGUACAAUUUCCUCAGCGUUCUCCAGAUACGGCUCCAAUAUUCACUCCACCUGUUACUCAUCCAUUACCCAGACAUCCUCAACCAGGUUAUGGAAUGCCAAGUAGUUCUACAACAAGGCUUGAUGAAGCCAUGGUAGCAGAAGUGGAAACUCUAAGUUUAUCAAGCUUAAAUGCUAUGGGGGAUGUUCUGGAUCUCUUGGCUGAUAUGUUGCAAGCUGUAGAUCCAAGUGAUCGCUCGGCUGUUAAAGAUGAAGUGAUAGUCGACCUUGUUGAACAAUGCCGUGCCAGCCAGAGGAAAUUAAUGCAAAUGUUGACAACUGCUGGGGACGAAGACCUUCUUGGUCAGGGACUUGAAUUAAAUGAUAGGCUGCAGAUCGUACUGGCAAAACAUGAUGCAAUAGCUUCUGGUUCGCCACUACCACCUCAAGUAACAAAAGUCAAUCCCCGGUCACCUGAGAUACAUGACACUAGUCUCAGACCUACCGAAGUCACCGAACAGAGUUCAAAACCAAAUGCUCAACCUUCUGCACCAGUGGUUCCUGUCACUCGGGGUCUGAUUGAUGGUGAAGAAGAAGAAGAUGAAGAUGACUUCGCACAGUUGGCUAGAAGGCAUUCUAGAAUUCGCAACAAUGCUUCUCAGAGUACGUCUACAGUAAAUAGUGAGGGUGUCACCUCAGUGAAUACAAACCACAAUGCUGGACCUGCCGAAGCACCGUCAAUUCCUGUAACAAGUAAUGCAUUAGUUCCAAUUACUACUACUGCACCAGUGCAGACCUCAAAAGAGUUGGAUUUUAUAGACCUCCUGAGCAAUGCAUUAGUUCCGAUCAGUGUGUCAAAUGAUCAAACUGAGCAACAGAAACCUGAUAUAUCUCGUCCUUUUCCCUCGGCCACCGAAGGGAUUAUGUAUUCCUCUGAGGAUUACCAUGCAAACCCGACUCCAACCAGUUAUAUAGCUCCCUGGGCUCAACCACAGCCUCAACCCGGACUCCAAUCUCAGCCACAGUUCCCACCUCAGCCUGAUUUCCAGCCUCGACCCCUGUCCCAAUAUUCACGAGCGACAUCACAACCACAACCUCAAUCCCAUGUUCGACCUCAACAUCAGCUAGAACCUCAUCCUCAACCUCAAUUUCCUCAGUACUCUAGCUACCCCCCUCCACCAUGGGCAGCCACUCCUGGUUAUUACAGCAAUCCAAAUCCUGUAUCUAGACCUUCUUACAUAUAUUCAACUUCAACACCUACUGCUUCAUCUAUGCCUCUGCCAGAGACUAAAUCUUUGCAACAUGUUGACUCGUUCCCUGCCCGAGAAAGUUAUGUGUCUAUUAAUGGAGAUACGCAGAUCAACUCAAAUACUCAAUCCACUGCACCUGCUGGGCAGAAGCCCUUCAUUCCAUCGUAUAGAUUAUUUGAAGAUCUUAACGUGUUUGGUGGUGCAGACGGAAGAUUUAAAGCAACAAGUAACCCAUCUUCCAGCUUGUCGGGAAACAGCAGCCAAAAUAUGGUUGGCGGAAGAAAGUAA